GUCACUGCAAAGGGCAAAGCCUUCUGAAAUAGCAACAAAGUUGUGCACAAACCACUUUGCGGUCCGCAUUUGGUUUCAGCCAGCUCCAGCAACUUGUUGCAAUGACGAAAAUCAGCUGGGCUUUCCUGUCCAGUCUGGGGAGGACAUCCACCCUCUGAGAGGCUUCCAGCUGAGGCGACGAUGGCACCCGUGCAGAGUGCAGAGGAGCUCGGCCAGCAGUGCCAGGCGAUGAGAGCAGGGGAGGAUGAGGAAGGUGGCAGAGGCAGCGGGCACCUCCGCCAGCUGCCAGCUGCAGCAGGCUGUGGAACAUUUACUUUACUAUCUUCUGCCAUUGCUGCUGUAAGUGGACUUCUAAUGGGUUAUGAGCUGGGCCUUAUCUCUGGAGCUCUUCUUCAGAUGAGUAGCAUAUUAGCACUCUCUUGCAAAGAACAGGAAAUUGUUGUGAGUUCCCUUCUUUUUGGGGCCUUAUUUGCGUCACUUACUGGUGGAUUCCUGAUUGAUCGUUUUGGAAGGAGAUUUGCAAUCAUUAUUGCAUCAUCUCUACUUGUGAUGGGAAGUCUGAUUUUACUGCCCCACGAAUCAUAUGGAAUACUUAUUGUGGGACGAAUUGCCAUAGGUAUUUCCAUAUCAUUAUCAUCAAUUGCAACAUGUGUGUAUAUUGCCGAGAUUGCCCCACAGCACAGAAGAGGCCUUCUUGUUUCACUGAAUGAACUCAUGAUUGUGAUAGGAAUUCUCUUUGCCUAUAUUUCAAAUUAUGCAUUUGCCACCGUAUCUCACGGCUGGAAGUAUAUGUUUGGCCUUGUAAUUCCAUUAGGUGCCUUGCAGGGUAUUGCCAUGUAUUUCCUUCCACCAAGUCCACGUUUUCUUGUCAUGAAAAAUAAUGAUGAAGCUGCAAGAAAAAUACUGGAGAGGCUACGGGAAACUUCAGAUGCUACUAAAGAGCUCACUGUGAUCAAGUCUUCCCUGAAAGAUGAACAUCAGUAUAGUUUCGUGGACCUGUUUCGUUCAAAGAACAACAUGAGGGCCCGAAUGCUGGUAGGGCUUACACUAGUCUUUUUUGUGCAAACAACUGGGCAGCCUAACAUUUUAUUUUAUGCAUCAACUGUUCUGAAGUCAGUUGGGUUUCAGAGCAAUGAAGCUGCCAGCUUGGCUUCUACUGGAGUCGGAGUGGUUAAAGUGGUCAGCACAGUUCCAGCCACAGUUUUUGUGGAUAAAGUUGGAAGUAAAACUUUCCUGUGUAUUGGCUCUUCUGUUAUGGCAGUAUCGUUGGUCACUAUGGGGUUAGUGAACCGUAACAUACACAUGAAUUUCACCAAUAUCUGUAGAAGCCAGUCUCCAGAGGAUACCUAUCAGGGUCCAGGAAACCUCACUGGUGUCACCAAUGGGAGCUUCAAGGACCUCUUUUCUAGUAUGGCUUUACCAGAAAGACUCUUAUUCGACAUACAGAGAAACCUUGACGUCACCAGGACAGGAGAACUGAACAGGACUACUCCAGCAGGAGGCAGAAGCAUGAUGGGGUCUCACACAGAGAAUGGGGAGGUUUCUGUUGUCCUGAAAUGGGUCUCGCUGGCCAGCCUGCUUGUUUACGUUGCUGCAUUUUCCAUAGGUCUUGGACCAAUGUCUUGGCUGGUCCUGAGUGAAAUUUUCCCUGGUGGGAUCAGGGGACGAGCCAUGGCUUUGACAUCUAGCAUGAACUGGGGAAUAAACCUUCUCAUUUCCUUGACAUUUUUGACUGUCACUGAGCUUAUUGGCUUGUCCUGGGUGUGUUUCAUUUACACAGUAAUGAGCCUAGCAUCCCUGGCUUUUGUUAUUGUGUUUAUACCAGAGACGAAAGGAUGCUCAUUGGAACAAAUAUCCAUGGAACUGGCUAAAGAUAAAUACACAAAGACCCCCUUGUGCUGGAUGAGCCAGCGCAGGGAGAAGCUGGUGCCGGUGGAACUACCCAACAGGGAGAAAGAACAGUUCUACUAGAGCUGAGGCAACCAAGGCAGCCUUUGCCAAAAGACUGACUCCGAGAAAAAAAUACUGACACUACAAUGGGACAAAUGGUUUCUUUGUUAUACACAAGAUAAUCUCUCUCUUAUUUCUUAGUAGACCUUCUUUCAGUGGUAGUUUAUGGCCAGCAUUAAAGAUUGUUGUAGUUUGUAACUCA